AUGCGUGACUUCGCCAGCUUCCUCCAAGGGAAGCCGAAGCUGCCAUCGCUCUGGACCGGCAACAUCAACUUCGCCAAGCUCAACCCUAUCCCGCACCGAUACCGACCCAGCCGCGCAAAGAGAAAUCAGAAGAAGCACGACAACUAUACCGGCGGUGCUGAGGAUGUCACCUCGCUCCAGCGAUCUCUGAACCCCUUCGUCACAUUACGGAAACUGCAAACCCGCAAGUGGCGGCUCCUCGAUUUGCAGUACACGAUAUUGGUCGCCCUGAUUAUCUUCUCGCUCUGCAUUACGCCCUCGGCGCCUCUAAUCAAGACCCUCGCUGUCGCUGGCGGCCUCCUGCUUCUGACAGUCCCCGUCACUAGCCAGUUCUUCUUUCCGGGACUGAGUAUAUGGGCAUACCUCAUUUAUUUCUUUUGUAGCCGCUUUAUUGAUGCGAAAUACCGCCCUCACAUCUGGGUUCGCGUUCUGCCCGCCCUCGAGAACGUCCUCUACGGUGCCAACCUCUCUAAUAUCCUAUCCGCUCACACCCACCCUGUCCUCGACAUUCUUGCCUGGAUUCCGUACGGUCUGGGCCACUUUGGCGCUCCGUUCAUCUGCGCCGGCUUCCUGUUCCUCUUUGCCGCUCCCAAGACGCUUCCCGUCUUCGCCAAGUGCUUCGGAUGGCUGAACGUGCUCGGUGUCACCAUCCAGCUCGUCUUCCCCUGCACUCCUCCUUGGUACGAGAACGAGCAUGGCCUGGCACCCGCUGCCUACGGCAUGCAAGGAUCUCCCGCUGGUCUGGCCCGUAUCGACGCCAUUCUCGGCAUCGACAUGUACACGACAAGCUUCACCACGGCCCCCGUGCCUUUCGGUGCCUUCCCCUCCCUACACGCGGCCGACGCUGUCAUGGAGGCUCUUAUUCUGAGCUACUGCUUCCCCCGAUUCCGCCCUCUGUUCAUGAUCUACGUUGCAUGGAUCUGGUGGGCAACCAUGUAUCUCAACCACCAUUACGCAGUCGACUUGGUCGGUGGAUCCCUUCUCUCUGCCGGCAUCUUCUACUACGCCAAGGCCCGAUACCUGCCUCAACAGCAGGCCGACAAGAAGACUCGCUGGGAGUACGACUACGUCGAGAUCGGCGAGCAGUCGAAGAUCUUCGACGAAGAGUAUGGAAGGUUGUACAACAUGGGAUACCUCCAGCGACGCGGCAGCUCCGACAGCGACGAGUGGGCCGUCGGUAGCAGUUCCAGCUAUAGCGCAUCGAGCCGGGGCAGCGGAAGCCUGAGCCCUGCGCUUUCCGAAGAAUCCGGCCGCAGCAUCUUCAGCAUCGAGAUCCGACCCGAUCACGAACGAUACGAAAUUCCUCAUCUUACCGAAGUGGCCGUCCGGUAG